AUGGCUUUCCCAUUACCGCAGCAGCUCUUCUCUGUUGCACCCUUGCUAUUCAUCCCAAUCUUCUGGCGUUUCUCGCCCGCCUCAAAGUCGACUAAGCUCUGGACGACCAUCUACCUCUCCAUAGCCGCCAUUUACAUUGCAUUUCCGGAGGUCAUCAAGCCUUUGUUGGCUGCUGUUGCUGAGAAUCCUUUCAAAGCAGCCGGUAUCACUCUGUCUGUUGCAGUGCCCUUGAAAUACAUCCAACGCAAGCUACGCUUCGCCCGCAUCAAUGCCAUAAAGUGGAAACAUGGCUUCAAUUCUGCCAACCCCAAGACAUGGCAAGACAUGACCAUCGAACAAGCGAAGGAGAUUGAGCAGAACAUGGCCGAAUGGGAGUUUCCUCGUCUCUUCCAAUUCGGUUGGCUGUCGGACUUCUUCAGGACAAGUACCGAUCCGGGCGUGGCCAGAGCGAUUAGUUCGUCUGGUCACUUCAUCAAUGAGGACAAGCGGAUUGAGCAUCAACGAAUGCAGGCCACGGUGCAUCUGAUGACGGGUUUGAUGGCCACCAUCGAUGUGCUAUACCUCGUGAUUCACUUCGGUCUCGCGCCAGUGCCUUGGAUCAAUAGAUUUGGCUAUCGCAAGCUGGAGCCAUUCGAGGUUCAGGCUUUGUGGGUGUUGUGGAGGGAGGUUGCAUGUCGGUUUGGCUGCAGAUAUGUCCCCAAGACGUUGGAACACGCGCUGGAGUGGCGAAAGAAUUUCGAAACGACCAUGCGAUGGCGAGAUCCUGCGAACGAAGUCAUGGCCAUGGCGAUGCUGUGGCAAGUGCUGUACCCUGUUCCACGAUUUUUGAAAAGCUUCGUCGCGAAGGUGGUUGCAUCUAUUCUCGACUGGGAUAUCGUCUACUAUUGCAGGAUGGAACAGCUGGGUCCGUCACCGCUGCUUCGCGAAGUUGUCUUCGACGUCUUCCGCCCAUAUGGGCCCAAGGAAGAUGGCAACGUCGUGUUCCUUCACACGCCGAAGUAUGGCCCACGAGCGCUGUUCUAUCGAUUCGUUUUGGGCUGCCCGGCUCCUGGCGACGAGUUUGGAAGCAGUGGAGUGCCAUUCGAGAAGAUGGGCGCGCCGCACCCACAUCCAGCCACGCAGUCGACGAUUGAACGCAAGGUGCGCGAAAAUGCGGCGAUUCUGGAAGACGCCGAGCUCGGGUACCGCCCUGGUGUUGGAUUCCAAGUUAAUCGGCUAAUUCCUCCCGUCGAUGGAGAGGAGUAUGGGUCGGAGAUGAAUCGAUAUCCGCCUGGGACCAAGUUGACGCCGAACAAUGUGAGCAGGUUCACAAGGGAGUAUGAGCGACGGGGAGGGUCCGAGGGUGAGCAGGUCGAGGAGGUGCUGGAGAAGGGAGUGAGUGCGCAGCGGAAAGACUUUUUCAUGGUUGGGAGGGAGAAUGGCGAGGAGGCGGGUGUUGCAGUUGAGUGA